GAGCAUAUUUUGUUGUUGUUGUUGUUGCUCUCUUUCUGAAGACACCGCAGAUAACAAAUUUUUUUUGGUGCAAUACGGGGCUCUUUCCUUCUCUCUCUCUCUCCCUCGCACACACGCACAUCAAUCUCAUUUUCUUUUUCCUCUCUGCUCUUUAUACGCCGCCUCCGUUGAUAGUCGGGGCAUUAACGCGUCGGCCUUCUCUUGUUUGAUUUUUUAAUAGGAAGAGCAAUGGAUCAGUUCUAUAAGGAACACGUCGCGGCCGUUGUUCUUCAGCAGCAGCAGCAACCUCUUGAAGCGCCGACAUCUCCACCGUCGUUGCUGGAGGCGUUGCGACGCAUUCCCAAGACGGACCUGCACUGCCAUUUGAAUGGCAGCAUCACGCCUGCGUUGCUGGCGCACAUGGAGCGUCUUCUUCUUCAAGAGCACCGCCGCACACACGCCAGCGGCGGCGCAGACAAAGCCGCAGAGAACAUGGCGAGCCCUACCGCCGCGGAGGCGGAGGCGGGCCACAUCCUUUUCUUCAACUCGCAGGAGAAGCGCAUGCGCAACGUGCUGGCGUCGCCCGCCUCACACGACGCCGCCGCCGCACCGGCCGGGGCAUCCGCCUCCCAUUCCAGCCCAAAGGAUCGGAUGAACUACUGCUUUACCGUGUUCGAUGCCAUUUACAAGAUCAUGACGAACCUCGCCUUCACCCGUCUGGCGGUGCAGGACAUGCUACUGUGCAGUGCGGCGGAGAACAUCAUGGCGAUGGAGAUCCGCACCUCGUUGCGCGACGGUUUGCGGCGCAGCUUUCGGCAUGCCGCUGCCGCUGCCGUGGUGAUGGCCGAGGGAGCAAACGAGCCGGUCAGCACGGCAGUGUCCAAGGAAAUGUACGUGGACACCGUCAUCGAAACCGUCGAGCACGUGCUGGCGGGCGGGCUGGUGGACUUGGAGAGUGGGGAGCUGCUGUCGACGGAGGCCACUGCGCAUAUUUUGGCCAACCCGCAGUGCGUCAUCGACGAGGAAAGGGAGAAAAAGGCAGCGGUAGAGGGAGAGGAGGCGGUGGCGGUGCGGUGGUGGCGGGUGUACGACCGCGUGUACGGGUCGCUGUUCACUGCAGCAGCGCCGCCGCCGCCGCCGCGCGAGUCCCCGGAUGUGCCGUCGCACCGGCGCUUCUUUGUGGAGACGGCGCACGCCAAUUUGGUGUGUCGCAUGCACGUCCGCCUGCUGCUCUCCAUCAACCGGGCCGCGACGGAGGAGGCAGCGUGGGAGGCGGCCCGCCUCACCACACGCACCCAACAGCGCCAGGUUCAGCAAUUCCACACGUGGUGCUGCGCGGCGGUGACCACGACGCCGGAACGUGUGUGGCGGAAGCUGCGGCAGACGUGCUGGGUCACCGGCGUGGACCUCUCCGGUAACUGCUACCGAGGCCUCUACACCACCUUCAGCGCCGCGCUAGCCGCCGCGCGACGGGGAACGGUGCCAGCCGAGGGGUGCGGCGCGUCCACCGUGCAGACGAUGCCCACCACCGCGGCUGCCGUGACGCUACACGGCGGCGAGAAGCAAGACGCGGCGGAGCUGCACGCGAUGGUCGCCUUUUUCCCUGAUCGGUGGGGCCACCUUGUUUUCACCGAUGACGACAACCUGUCCACGAUUCUGGCCGCGCAGCAGGGAAUUGAGUUGUGCCUGACGAGCAAUCUGCUGACGAGCGGGCACGCGAGUGUAGCGGAGCACCACCUGGGUCAUCUCUUGGAGCUGUGGGACCGCAUGCCACAGAGCCGACACGCAAACGUACACGAAGAGGAUGAACUGUCGGCGGCGACAUCGCCGUCUGCGCAGUGUGUUGCGGCGACCGAGGCAGCGCGUUUGGCAGCGCGAAGGCGGUCCGUGGAGCGUCGCUAUGGCACGGCGUCAGCAGACGCCCUCCCCAGCACGGUGGUGUUCAGCGAGAAGGAGCUGGUGGCGGAGGACGCCAACGGUGCCAGCAGAGCGUACGUUUUGCCGAGCAUCUCCUUCCACACCGACGACCGCGGGGUCUUCGGCACGACGCUGUCGGACGAGCUGGUGCUGGCCUCGCAACACCCGUCCGUGCAGCGCCUGUGUCAUCGCAUGACCGGUGCGGAGGACGUCACGUCCGUCGCCGCGUUGGCCGAGUUCUUCUGGCUCUUGACGCGGCUGUCGCUGACGCAGGUCUUCUGCCUUCCCCUGCCGGUGCAGCUGCUGGCGGUGUGUCUGACAGAAGGGAAGUUCAUGGCAGCGGAGGCGCACGAGGGUGCCGCUUCGCGGAUGUUGCGGUGCGGCAGUGCAACGGAACCCGCGGCCUGGCGGGACUGGCCGACGUUUGUGCAGGUGUGCGAAGACGUCUCCACCACGCAGGCGGGUGGGCAACUCGCGUCGCAGCUCAGCAGGUGGGAGUACACGUGGCUGAGCCACGAACUCGAUCACUACUACGUGUAA